AUGGGUGAUGUUGGUAUUGACUCUAAUCGAAAAUCCAGAGCUACAAGUUCACGAGCAAAUAGAAGAAAAGCUAUUUCUUUAGCUCCUGAUUCUAGCGAGCAGAAUGCGGACGGUUCAGAAGGCAGCGAAUUGAACAUAACUGUCAAAGAUAGAGGCGCGGAUGAUAUGGGGAAUAGAAAGAAUCGUAUCGCGGCCCUUUUCAAGGAAACACCCAUGAAAGGAUUGAGGGAAGGUGCGGCUGAGACACUGAAAAGACCCUUAACUGGUUUAUUCCGUCGGCCAGGCUCACGUGCCGGUAGAAAGAAAGAGGGAAUGGAGAGUGAAGAUGCUCCUCAGUCAACAACAGCGUCGACGUCUCCUUCUGGCAAUACCGCUGUUCAAAAUUUUGCUGAGACAUCAUUCCCACCAUCAGCUGGAACAUCAAUGCCACGUGUGGAAUAUGAUGCUGUAGCUCGAGCCCCGCAUAUAACUUCUGCACAGCUACAAGGAAUGCUGCAAGUCGAUCAUUUUGCGCAAAAGCAUCCGCAGAUAGCCAAAUUGGAUGAUAUAGACAUAUCUUUGUUGUCACGUUACCUGUGCUUAGAGGAUGAAGUGAAGGAUGAAAACAUAGCUUGGACUUGGGAUUACCUGUUUACUUCAGUCUCCACAGAAAUGCGAGAAGAGUGGGCUCAAGAAGAGACUGACAUUGAUAUGAUGUAUAAAUAA